UAGCCUGGCAUGCGUCGUAUUUUCUGGCCCGUUUCGCUGCUGUCCAUACCUCUCUUUUGCAUCAGCAGCACGCGCUCGCUGCCACGCAACAUGUGUCCGAGCCACAGCAACAUCUGAGGGCGGGCGUAUUUGAAAGAACGGCCUUGCCGCCCCAAUGUAUCUCACAAAUCUCACAAAUUUUUCGGGAAGGAAACAACGUGUCGAAUUUUUUUCUGAAUUCAGAAAACUCGUCGUGAAUUUCUCGUGGCUGUUGCUGCCUCUUACGUGCCGUGUACGUGUGCGUGUGCGCGCGUGUGUGUGUGUGUGUAAAGGAGAAAUUAUUUAAAAACCGGUUCUCUUUCCUUUGAAAAUUGUCCGUAUUUUUUUGUCGAAAACCCAAACAAAAUAUAUAAUAAUUCGAGAAGAGUUUGUGCGUUUUUAUCGGGAAGGAAGAUAGACCUCUCACUCACACCACUCUCCAUUCGAUCCGAUCGCUCCGAAAAACGCCGCGAAAACAACAACAAAAUAUAGCAUUUAUUAUUUUUUUCUUGUGCUCCUGCGAAAAAAAAUUGCCAACAAAAAGAAGUGUAAAAGUGUUCCAAAGAGAAAUCCAAGAAUAAAGAGAGCCAAAAUCCAAAGCCAAGAUCAAAGCAAAAGGAAAAAUAUUCAAAGUGCAAGAAAGAAAAGAGUAGAGGCCGAAAAGAAGUAAAAAAAAGUGUGCAAGAAAUACAAGAAACAAAACAAAAAGUUGCAAAAUUUACCGAAAUUUUCGAGGAAGGAAGAAAAGGUAGAACUUACGAGUGGAGUGGAGAACCGCUUAGGUGCAGAGAAAAGUCAAUUCUUAAGGAUGCGCAUCUGUUGGAUGCAGCCAGGUCCUUAGAGAAGAUUUGAGGCGUAAGAAAAGGAGCAGCAAGGAAGAGAAGCAAAAGCAGCUGCAACAGAGUAGCGGCAAGCAAGGAAGAAGCAAGAAGGAAGAACCAAACACAAACAAACAGAUUUCAAGUUUUUUUAAAGUUUGAGCCACUUGCGAGGGUGAGGUACACCGAUUCAGGUCCCGAUUCCUGCUGAAUUAAAGCACAAGCAGCAUCAGCAUCUGGCAGCGUUCGUGGAACGAAAGUGGAAAAAUUCUUCACGAAUUUGAUGAUGCCCCACUACUAGCAGGAAAACCUACACCAAAAUACAGCGAAGAAUCUCCCCCGAGAGACAGAGAGAGAGAGAGAGAGAGAGAGAAGGAAGAGAAGCCAGAGAGAGAAUCCAGAACGAUCGUCGAAGAACCAGAGAGAACAAUGUAUCCGGCCAGUGCCAGCAGCAAUGCAGCGUCUGCAUCCAAAUUUCAGAAUCGUUGCGCAUCGCCACAGUUCGCCAGCUUUGCGCCGCCGCCACCGGGCGACUAUCCACAUCCGCAUCCGCAUCCGCAUGCACACUCGCAUCAGCACCAGACGACAGCCGCGGCCGUGCACAAUGCCCCCGGGGGUGGUGGUGGCGUCGGCGGCUCGAUGCGGCAUCCCAGCCAGCGCUCCACCUCGUCCACGGCAGCGCAUCAAAUGACCCUCAAUCAUGGCGGCCAUGGCCACGGCCACAACCACGGCCACGGCCUGAGCAUGGGGGGCCAUGGCACAGCGGCCACACUGGGCCACCACCACCACGUGGGCUCCCAUCUGAUCUUUCCCGAUGACAUGGACAGCAUCGAGUUCUGCAUGCCAGCAGCGCCCUCUUCCUCGUCAUCCUCAUCGCAGCAGAAUGGCGGGGAGCAGCUGCUGUUGGGCAGCAGCCAUGGGGAGGCAUUUACGGAGCGUCGACGACGCGGACAUAGUCGCAGGAGUAAUCACAAAAUGGACGUAGAACAGCAGGUCAAAUGGUCCCGCAAGAAUAUUGCCGCCACCAUGGAACGCUUUGAGCCCACAACCAACACACAGUCCUCGUCGUCCACAUCAUCGCUGGACUAUGGUUUUGCCGCUGGCGUUAUGACGCCCAGCAGCAGCAGCGCCACACCCUCGCAUGGCGGUGGCGCCUCUGGUGGCGGAAUGUCCUCCACACCGUCGUUGCAUGUGGCCUUCAAUGGGGUCGGCUCGGGCGGUGCCGGGGCAGGUGCAGGGGCCAGCGGUGGGGCUGCUGGUGCAGCUGCCGCAGCGGCACCGUUCAAUCAUGUCUACUCGUACGCCUACUAUGAGCCAGGGGCGGCCAAGUGCCACACGAAUGUGCCCGCCCAGGGAUCCGCACAGGCCCAGGCCAUAGCUCAUGCCCAGGCGCAGGCGCAGGCUCAGGCUCAGGCCCAUGGACAGAUGCAGGCGCCAUCGAAGAGUCCGCCCAGGAACUCCAUACGCGCCCUGUUGGCCAAAAGCUUCCGCUCCAAGUCAUCGACACACAACGGUGGGCAGUCGACUUCGUCGUCGCCGAGCGCCGAGGAUCGGGACAGGCACACGUACACCACACGCUACGGCACCACCGAGAACCUGUACGAGGAGGUCAGUGAGCAGAAGAUCCGCAAGGUGCUCUCCGACAAUCGCAUCGCCUCGUCCAGCGUGGGCAACGUGAAGGAGGAGCAACGCCGCGUCCAGCACAAUCAUUUCCGUGUGCUCGACGAGCUAAAUCUCUCGCUGGAGGCACUGAUUAUGCCCCCAACGCCGCCCGAUAUUAGCCCCAGUCAUGCGAUAGCCGUGGCCGUCGAUGAGCUGGGAUUGGGGCCCAUGAAUGCCCCCUCCAGCAGCGGUGGCAUGGGACAGGCAGGGGCCUGCUCCACCUCCUCCUCCCCUGCGGGAGCAGCGGCGGCGCCAUCCUCACUGGUGGCCAACAGCAGCGGCGGCAGCCAAUCGAAGACCGCCCAGCGGCCACGCCGUGGCGGAUUGCUGGGCGGAGCGGCGGCCAGUGCCAGUGCCAGUGCUGCCUCCAGUUCGGCCUCGCAUGCCAGUCUCGAGAAUCUGUCGAGCACUCUGAACAGCAUGGAGCUGAAGGAUCACCAUCACCAUCAUCACCAGCAUCAUCACCAGCAGCAGCAGCAGCAGCAGCAGCAUCAUCAUCAGCAGCAGCAGCAGCAGCAGCAUCACCAGCAUGGACACACGGGCAGCUGCAUCAAUCCGGAAUUCGAUGAGGGGGAUCUGGACAGCGGAUUCAGUGGCAGUGGCAGCAGCAGCGGUGCCAGCUACAAUGAAAGUUUGCGCUACUACAAGUCAGCCACGCCCACUGGCCACAAUCCCAAUCUCAAUCUGAAUCUCAGCUUGAAUCCCACGCUCCACCAGCAGCAGCAGCAGCAGCAUCCCCUAAACAACAACAACAACAUCAACAACAACAACACAUUGCCCCAUAAUAUUCGCAGCUGCCGCUCGUCGACAGCCUCCGGGACAUCCACAUCGAAGAGCAGCAUGGCCAGCUGCGGCGAGGAUCAAGGCAUCGCAGGAAUGGGCAUGAUGGGCGGAGCAGGAGGUGCUGCUGGUGCUGCCUGUGCUGCUGCUGUGGCGGGACCGACUGCUGCUGGCGGUACUGCUGCUGCCGGCGUGGGUGGUGGCAUGCUGCAGGAGACCAGCCUGGGCUCCCUGUCGCCCUUCCAUUAUCCGCGACGCUGUUCGGCAGAUCAGCAGCGGGCCUCCGGCCGAUCGAUUGCCUCCGGAACGGCGGGUAUGGGCGGCAUGGGCAUGGGCAUGGGCAUGGGAAUGGGUGGAGGUAUAUCCACAGCGGUGGCCAUGUCUGGAGCAGGCAGCUGCAGCCUCAGCAGCAGCAGCAAUGUGGCACUAUCCACCGGAGCGAAACCCAAGAAGAAUUUCUGGACCAUGAAACCGUGAUGCUACAAAAAGGCGCUGCGUCACAUAUGCAAGAAAUGGACUAUUGUCAUGGAAUACAAUUCAAAGACUGCCUCAUGCCAUGCCAUCCACUAUUACCACCAACCCAGCAACAGCAACAGCAUUAGCAGCAGCAGCAGAAG